AUGAGCAAAGCUUUUCUCGAGCUAGCUGAGAAUGAAGUUGAAAUUGAAAAAAUUGAAAAAGAGAUUGAAAAGUUCAAAAUACUGAAAUAUAAACCGAUUUAUUUAAAAAGAGACAAACUUAUUGAUUCGAUAGAUUCAUUUUGGAAAAUUAUACUAUCGCAACAUUCCAAUUUUGUUAAUUUUAUAAGAGCAUCAGAUUUCAAAUACGUUGAUUGUAUCAAUCAAAUUAUUGUUGAUUAUGACGAGGAAAAUGUUGGUAAUUUUAGCAUUACUUUCAAAUUUAAUGAAAUCGAAGGUGAUUUCCCAGCACAAACCGUUACAAAGGCAUUUAAAUUGAUUAAAAUAAUUCCUGAAGACAAUAAAGAUAGUGAAAGUGAAGAUGAAUCUGUGGAGGGUGAAAAAUUGAUUAGUGAAUCAGUCGAAAUUAUAUGGCCCAAGUCGUACAAUUCAAUAAACCCUUCACUGAUUGAAGAUAAGAAAAGUGACGAAGGUAAAAGAAACUAUAGAAAAGGUAUGAAAUCAUUUUUCGGUUGGUUCAAAUGGACUGGGUUAAAACCAGGAAAAGAGUUCCCACACGGUGAUUCCUUUGCUACAUUGUUUAGUGAAGAUUUGUAUCCAUACUGUGUGAAAUACUAUACAGAAGCACAGAGAGACCUUGAAGAUGAGGCAAGUGAUUCUGAUUAUGACAGCGCCGAAGAGCCCUUGGACAUAGAUAAUGAAGAAAGUGAGAAUGAUGAACCGCCAAAGAAGAAAAGCAAAAUCUAA